AAACGAAAUGGUAAUUUAAGGCAAGCGAAACUGUCAAUUAAGGCUUGUCAAUUAGGAUUAUUUACUAAUUUUUACACGGAUUCAAAACAAUUCCAAAUGCGCAACCGGAAUGAACCCUCGCGCGUAUUUUGAGUAGCAUCUAUAUUGACUGAGAGCUGUGAUGAAUACAACUCGAAUUAAAAAAAGUUAUCUUUUCAUUUUCUGUAUUUGUUUGAUUACUUUAUGGUUUGUAUUCUUUUAUUCAAAUCAAAAAAAAACUGAAUAUCUCGAUUUAACUAUAGUAAUCCCAGAAUUUGAACAUUUUGAUCAUAAUGUUGUUGAGACAAUAAAUAGCAUUAUCCCUUUUUAUCCAGACUUAAAGAUUCUUGUUAUCUCCUCAACAGUUCCAUAUCCUUACUUCAAAUUGCCAGGAUAUAAUUCUCAGUUUGUAAUAAGAAAGAAAGAUCCAAGAAAAGCUGGUUAUUUGUCAGACCCUUUUUAUUAUAUAAAUACGAAAUAUAUGUUAGUAAUUCCAGAUGGUUCUAGAAUUGAUAUAGGCUUAAAUGAGCUAUUGGAAAAAUUUAAACAGCAAAGUAAGAAAGUUUUUGUUUUGCCAAUAUCUACUGUUUUGUCUUCUUGUAACUUAAUGGAAGUUGAUCUCAAAAAAUGGACAUUAAAAUAUUUUGAGAAAAAAAAAGUGGAAUCGUGUGAUUCGUUUAAUCGGCAAGUUGCCCUGUUGUUUGAAAGAUCAGCAAUUAGCAAUUUUAGUGAUCCUUUCCUUUUACCAUUUUUUGAAUCUUUUUUUAUACAAGCUAAAGUCAAUGGUUUAAAGCUUCAUCUGGAAAACACAGUCUAUAUUUCUGUUGGAAAAAUUCUACAUACUGAUAGUCAUUUGAAUUCCAAACAUUUACAACAUGUGCAGACAUUAAAAAGUAAUUUGUACAAAAACUUGGGAAUCAAAUACAGUCUAAAUCCUAAUGGCAUUGAAGCAUGGCAUGGGUGCACAAAAAAAACUCAAAGGUGUUUUCCAACUGUUAUUGAUGUUCCAGAAUAUCUUCAUGAAAAACGAUGGACACCUCCUUGUUGCCUUGAUGCUUUACGGAAAACUGCACGUCAUGUGUUUUUAAUUUUUGAACAAGCUAAUUUCAAAUACUGGCUUGAGGGUGGAAGCUUACUUGGUGCUGCUCGCUAUAGUGAUAUUAUACCAUGGGAUUAUGAUGUUGACAUUGGUAUUUUCAUGGACCAGAUUAAAGAGUUCCCUAUGCUAUCAAAAGUCUGGAAAGGUCAACGAUAUAUAGAUCAUGAUGGUUUUGUUUGGGAACGAGCAGAGGAGGGUGAAUUUAUUCGAGUACAGUAUAGUGAAAUGAAUCAUUUACACGUUGAUAUCUACCCCUUUUAUGAACGAAACAAUGUUAUGACCAAAAAUACUUGGAUGAAAAACCACCGUCAAGAUAUGGAGUUUCCUUCUCACUACGUAAAAAAUUUAGAACAACUGAGAUUUGCUGGAGCAUUGGCAUGGGUACCUAACCACUAUAAAGAAUUUCUUGAGUUAAAGUUUGGGAAAAACUGUAUAGAAAAUCCACAGUAUCCUUUUCCAGAAAAGCUGGAACAUUUUUAGACUAAAUUACCUGUUUACAGGGCUUAAAUGGGGACCAAGCUAAACUGCCAACUACUCAAAGCCAAAAAAGUGCUCCUUUGUAAAUAUUAGUUUUAUUUUACAUCCAUAAAGCUUUAGAAAAGUACUUUUAUAAAAUCUCAUUUAUAAAAAAAAGAAGGAAAUAAGACAGUUAAACCAUUUUUUUGUCCAGUUCAAAGAAAGUGUCUCACUUUAUAUUUGUAAAAGUAAAAUUUUAAUGGUUAAUUAUUUUAUUAUUUAAUCUUAUGAAUGAGA